AUGGCGACCCCUGUGGAUGCAAAGCUUCUCAAGAAAACCAAAUUCCCUCCCGAGUUCAACCGGAAGGUGGACAUGACCAAGGUGAACAUCGAGGUCAUGAAGAAAUGGAUUGCCAAGCGCAUAUCUGAUAUCCUUGGUAAUGAGGAUGACGUUGUCAUUGAGCUGUGCUUCAACCUGCUCGAGGGCUCUCGCUAUCCGGAUAUCAAAGCCCUCCAGAUACAGCUCACAGGAUUCCUCGACAAGGACACCCCCAAGUUCUGCAAGGAGCUGUGGUCUCUCUGCCUUAGCGGCCAGGAAAAUCCCCAGGGUGUGCCAAAGGAGCUUCUAGAGGCCAAGAAGCUGGAGCUUAUGCAAGAGAAGAUUGAGGCGGAAAGAGCCGCCGAAGCUGUUCGGCGCGAGAAAGAACAGGAGCGCAUCCGAGAGCGCGAGCUGAAUGAUAUGAGACGGCGAGAGCGUUCCGAUCGAGGCGACCGCAACUUUGGAGGAAGAAGAUCCUACAAUCGACGCCGCUCUCGCUCUCCGCUCCCUCAAUACGGUCGCUAUCGUCAUCGCGAAUCCCCUCCUCGCCGCGACAAUUCGUUCUCAUACCCUUCAGAUCGCCCAGAUCGCACUCCCCCGCGCGGCCGUUCCUCCUCUCGUUCCCCUCCUCGAUUCCGCCGGCCGACUCGCACUCCUCCCGCCGCCCGUUCCUCGUCUCGCUCUCCUCAAUGGCAGACCAUAGAAAACCCGCACGUAUCCCCUUCGAGGGUCGCGAGGCGUCGCCUCGAAAACGAUCUCUCGAAAGAUACGUCCCCCUCCCUCUUCGCGAAAGCCGUCGAGCGGCUGCCUCAGCCAGAAAAUGAUAUUGGCGAGGAUGAGAAGGUUGCCAGGCCUAGAAAGCCUGAGCAACAGCCUAACAUAGACGAUGCCCCUGGGGAGGGCCAUGUGGGAGCAGAUGACGCCAGAACGACCAUUCCGCUGGACAAGAGCUUGGUCGAGAUCCGACUGACCCCCAAGGCUCCGAAGAAGAUGGAUGGCCAGCCUUACUCUUCAAUACCUCCUGGAAAGCCCUGA